AUGCCUCCCAUUAAUUCCUCGUCCUUAAAUUCAGGAAAGCACGAUGCCAUACCUGUGGCCAAUACUGGUAGCCUAGAGGGCUUCAUCAAAUAUAUAGGUAUACUGGCGUCAAGCUCUGAAUCUCAGUUUGCAGCUACCGUGCUUAGCGAGAUCACUCAACAGCGUGAGCAGAUUCAGUCACAAGAGGAAGAGUUGAAGGAGAAUCAAAUUACCAUCAAUGGAAUGUUUAAAUUCAACCAGGAUGAAAAAGCAAAACAGCAAGUCUCCGCUACGCAGAUAGAAACGCUUCGCGCUACUGUCAACGAAAAGGAGAGUAAGAUCGCCGAAUACUCGAAGAAACUAAGGCUGCAUCAGCAGGAAAUAAUAAAUUUGAAAUCGGCUUGCUCGCAGGAAGUAGCUAAAGUUUCACAGUCCGCCAAAGACAUCAGUACGCUGCAAGCCAAUCUGAAAGAGAGAGACAAGAUGAUAGACGAAUUGAAGACAGCUGGAUCAAAAUCAAAAUCCAUGUUAUCUUUCGAGCAGGGAAAAAAUGAAGAGCUGGAGACUGCUAAUGCCUCAAUGAGGACGGAGCUGCAAGCAGUCAAGGCCUGUAUCAAAAAGUUGGAGGACUUUGCUGUCCAAUCCUCGGAUGUUGGCGAAGACUUUGUUGAAAAGGACAAGGCAGUAUGGGAGAAGCUGAGGAAGGUAGACAACGUCAUUCUACCAUCAAACUUUCCUCUGAUCCCCUCAAACUCCCCAGCUGUCAAAGCAAUACGAGCUGCAUUAAUUCUGGCCGUUCUGUUCAGAGAGAUCAAUCAACGGAUAUUCCGGCCCAGCUAUUUUCUUUCGGAGAGCAAUAAUCUUCGUGAAGCGCUCGAAUAUGUUGCUAAUAGUAAUGGCGAGAAAGAAGCGUAUUGCCGCCGCUUACUUCUCUCCAUUGAUCCGGAUGCUGAGCAAGACACUCUUAUUGCUGAGAUCCAAACUGUGGUCCAGAGAAUGCUCUCUUAUGUGGGCGGCCUCUUUGACGGAGAGCAGCACGAUUUGUUCUGCACAAAAAUUAAGACAAUAGUUGAAAAUGCGGCCGAAUUGUGGCUUCCAAUUCAGCGAUCGCGACAGAAAUUCGAAACAGACUUCGAACCCUUUGAUCCUGAAGACAACGAAUGGGAUAUAUUCUCUUCUGCUGGUAAAAAUACAAAGCUAGUGGCACAGGACAGUCUUGGUCUUUAUGUUCUCAAUGUCUUCCCGUGCAUCUCAAUGGUGGAAGACGGCGACCAUGAUCCGUUGACCAGUAUCAUUCAGCUCCGCAGCUCUCAAGAAUUAUACAUAGCAGCGCAGCACGAAGCUUCCAAAAUAUCAACCUCUGCAAUCACCAGAAGGUAUUCUACCCGCCCCAGGAGACAAUCGACGGCAGGCUCAAAUGGAAAGCCUUUUUUAGGUGGAAAUCCGGCCAAGGUCUGA